UUCUUUGCUCCAUCCAGUGGACACAGAGGAAAGGCGUCCUGCGAGUCAUUGAUGGUUGCGACAACACAGAGUGUAUGUAUGUCGCUGGUCAAGUACUUGAUAUUAACAAUUCGUGAGGACGUUGGAAGAUAAAUUGGCAAGGUGCCGAUAUCCUCGAAGUGCCGCGUCGGAGCUUCAGUUAACAGUAUCUGGGCGACGACACUGUGGAACACGACACUGGUCGCAGUGUGGUCGCCGCGAUCCUAUAAAGCAAGUGUGAGGACAGUGUGGUGAUGCUCGCACUGUGGUUGAGAAGUAGAACUUGAUCCCAGUGGACGUUACACUGAUGACAGAUUCGUUAUACUCUGCGUCUUGACCUCGAAACCAUGGCGGUUCAGGUCAACUUGUGUUCGGUGCUUGUGCUGGGCGUUCUAGUGGGGCUGUGCCUGGCCACCGAGCUGCAUAAUAGUCUUAUUAAUUCCUCAACACUGGAAGUUAACGAACCGCGCCGGGAAGAUAAAGAAGGGAAAAUAAAAACAGCCAGGCCAAAAGACCCUCUUGUAGUGCAGACCAAGAGUGGUCGGUUGAGAGGCUUCAGAAGGACAGUCUUCGGGGAGAAUGUGGAUUCGUUUUAUGGUAUUCCUUUUGCUAAGCCUCCAGUAGGAGACUUGCGAUACAAAAAGCCUGUACCAAUUGACCCUUGGCCUGGCAUCCUCGACACAGUCAAGCUUCCGAACACCUGUGUCCAAGAGCCCUUUAACUACUUUCCAGGGUUCAUUGGUGAACAGAUGUGGAAUCCAAAUACGGAACUCUCCGAAGACUGCCUUUAUCUGAACAUCUGGGCACCUGCCCGCCUCCGGGAGCCAGGUGCAGAGCCCACUGAGGUCUUGGUGUGGAUCUAUGGAGGUGGUUACAUGGGCGGCACCUCCACGCUCGAAAUCUAUGACGCGGACAUAAUGGUUACAGCCAAUAAUUUCAUCGUUGCUUCAAUGCAGUAUCGUUGUGGGGCUUUUGGUUACUUGUAUUUGAAUAUGGAGGAUGCUCCUGGCAACGUGGGAAUGUACGAUCAAGCUCUGGCAAUGAAGUGGAUUCGUGAUAACAUCGCAUUCUUCGGUGGAAACCCUGAACGAAUAACGCUCUUCGGCGAGUCAGCGGGCGCUGGGUCCAUCGCUGUGCACCUCCUCUCGCCCGUCUCCAGUCACUUGUUUGACCGCGCCAUCGUGCAGUCCGGCGUCGUCAACUCUCCCUGGUCAAUCAUGUCCGCUGACAAGGCUUACGACAUCGGCUUGCGCCUUGUGGACGACGUGGGCUGCAACGCGUCCAUGAUCAUCGAGAAGCCAGAUGUGGUGAUGGAGUGUAUGAGAGGAGUGGACGAGAAGAAUAUCUCUGUAACACAGUGGAACAGCUACUUUGGUCUGCUACAGUUCCCCUCGACACCAAUUGUUGACGGCGCCUUCCUCCCUGACGACCCGCUGGAGAUGAUUCGUCGAGGAGAAGUGAAGAAAACCGAAGUGCUCAUCGGCUCCAACCUUGACGAAGGUACCUAUUUUAUGCUGUACGACUUCCUGAGUUACUUCAAUAAAGAUGAGGCCACAGACCUGGAGAGAGAGAAGUUCUUGGAGAUUAUCAAUGAGAUCUUCAAGGAUUGGUCACCCAUAGAGAAGGAGGCCAUUAUUUUCCAGUACACUGACUGGGACAACCUGGACGACGGCUACAUCAACCAGAAGGCUGUGGCUGACGUAGUGGGAGACUUCUACUUCAUCUGUCCCACCAACCUCUUCGCCUACCUCUACGCUGAGGCCGGGGGCAAGGUCUACUACUACUUCUUCACUCACCGGACGACGGUCAACCCUUGGGGCUCGUGGAUGGGCGUCCUGCACGCCGACGAGAUCGACUACGUCUUCGGCCUGCCUCUCAACAGGUCCCUGGGCUACUCUGACGUCGAAGAAGACCUCUCUCGUCGCAUUAUGGGAUACUACAAGACAUUCGCCGCCACAGGGCGCCCCGUGGACCCCAGCGUGGAGUGGCCGCUCUACACAAGGGAACAACCGCUAUACUUCGAGUGGAACGCUGUCUCCCGAGGGAUUGGUAAGGGUCCCAGGGCCACCGGCUGCGCAUUCUGGAACGAUCUGAUGCCCAUCCUAAGGGAGAAGCAAGGUGGUGGCAUCUGCGAGAGCGAGAUGCAGAAAGCCCUGAACACAGGUGCCACCAUCAGCAUCCCAGGCUCGCUCAUCUGUUUCCUCUCCCUCGUCUACUCUAACAUUUAAUUUAUGCCAUAACAAUAUUUGGUAAUAAUUUACGUUUACCGUAUCAUGAAGGUGCGAGAAGUCAUCGUUGCGGAACACGCUGGGAGGGCCCCUCUCACAGCCAAAUAAGAUCAUAAAGAAUUAAGUAAACAAGUGUGUGAGGUUGUGUUGUGGUUCGUACGCUGUGCAGAUGCAUGGAAUACACGACUGUAGACGUUUCAGUGAUUAAAAGCGCUAAACGUUGUAAGAAGGGAAGAUUCAGACGGACGCACAAAACGUUUCAUGGCGUGUUACCUUGAGAGGGAAGCCCUAUGAUUAAAUUAUAUGACAAGAGUAUUAGUGAACUUCUGACGUGGUGAGACUUUAAGGUUAGCUCUUCAUGCCGGGCUUGACACCAAGUCGUUAGUAAGAUGAAAAUGCCAGGGAAGGCAAGCACUGUAGGCAUGCAGAGAAAGCUGCUUAUUCGUGAACCUCAGUUAAUAGCUUUACAAUCCGGCACACUCCUGUGAGGGUGACUUCAAGCUACACCUGUUAGAAUGACGUCAACACAUACCUUUAAGGAUGACGCCAGCACGUACUUGUGGAUAUACACCUGUGAGUAUGAAGGCACGACACACCUGCAAUGAUGAUGCCCAUGCACGUGUGGGACUCAUAUCCACUCACAUCUUCAUAGAUACAAUGAAUGCGUAUUUGUAAAUUAUAUACAUACACACAUGUGGAUAUUGCGCAGGAGAAUAAUAAGGAAACACAUUUGAGAAAAUACAGGAAACACAGUAACAUGGCUGGGCAUGCUGCUGGGCACGCUGCUGGGCACGCUGCUGGGCACGUUGCUGAGCACGUUGCUGGGCACGCUGCUGGGCACGUUGCUGGGCACGUUGCUGGGCACGCUGCUGGGCACGCUGCUGGGCACGCUGCUGGGAA